GAUUUGAAUAAACUUGAACGAGGAUGCGCCGAUAUCAGCUGCUAAAUAGGACAAAAUGUAAACUUCAGUAAAGAUUCAAAUGAGCAAAGCACAGAUUGAAGAUGUUGAAUGAAUUGAGUAUCAGAGGGACGCAAUACAUCUUGACCUCACUGUCGAACAGAGUGAUACAGAGGUGCACAUUAUGCAGUACGAGGCCUUCUUCAGUGGAUAAAUGGCAGAGUCCAUAUCGACAAUUCACCCCUACUAGGCCAUAUUGUGUGAGGCAGAAGUUUCCUGAUCAGAAUGUGAUCUGUCAUCGAUGGUUCUCUACUACUACGAGGGGCACUCAACAGAGAAAAGCUGUUACAGAGAGAAAGUCAGGCUCAGAUGGACAACAAUUAACUAUAGGAAAGAGAGUUGCACAAACAUCCAAGGAUGCAUCCUAUGCAGGUAUCAUUGUCUUGGGUGUUGGAAUCACAGGGCUUAUGUUUUACACAUUGGGGAAAGAGCUCUUCUCAUCAGAUAGUCCUAAUGGUAUUUACACAAAGGCCUAUAAAUUGUGUAAAAAUAAUGUAGAGAUUCAAGAUGCACUGGGAACACCCAUCAAAGGAUAUGGUGAAAUGACUAGGAGGAAACGUAGACGGCAUGUAAGCCAUCUUGAGUACUCACAGGAGGGUGUUAACUUCAUGAGAAUGAAAUUCUAUUUAGAAGGACCAGAGAGGAAAGCUACUGUACACCUAGAGAUGAAACAGAAUGAGAGUGGGCGAUAUGAGUACAGGUAUCUGUUUGUUGAACUUGACGGCCAUCCCAAACGAACAAUCAUUCUCGAAGAUAACAGAUAAGGCAAGAGGACAAUGGACAAGUAUGGGAAAGCUCCACCAUACACUAAAUGUUUUCAAACUGUGGAUAUGCAUUGUCAUGAUAUGUCUUCCAGUGUCUUUUUAUAAUGACAGUCCAGACUUUUUGCAUUUACUACAGAGAAACUCUUUACAACGCACCAAUUCCUUUGAAAGUGCAAGUAAAAUCACAAUGGAGAGCUUUUGUCGAAAAUUUGCAAUAUUGCAAAUUUGCAAUUGAUCAUCUGGUGCAAAUCUUUGGUUGAUCUGCUGACCCAAUUUACCAACUUUCGACAAAAGCCUCUCAGCUUUCCAUUUCAAUCGCAUUUUCAAAGGAAUCAAUGUGUUGUAGAUAGUUUCCCUGUAGUAAAUGUGAAAACUACCUAUUGGCAGUCCUGGGGGAGGUAGUAGGUUUUUGCUACUUAAUAUUGUCGUACAAAUGUAUGCUUGACCACUGUAUUCAAAACCACUUUGAAACAUUACUUUUUUGUUCAUUUGUCAAACUGAUACCCAUUUCACAUAAUUCCAUAUUUUUGUUUUCAUUUCACCCUCUUAUUGCCCCAAUCAAGGAACACACUCUAUGCAUAGUUCCAUAAACUUUCCUUUUUCCCAUCUUUUUUGCCUUUUUUUCUUCAAAACAUGAAGAGUUUGAUAAGUUUGACACCCUAAAUGCAUCACUUGCACAUAUUAUCUUAACCAGGGAAAGUUCCCCCUUUUUUCUUAGAUUAUCUGGUCAUGCCUGUGUAUAACAACAUAGCGAGUAGCAUGAACUCUCCCUCAUUUCUCGUCAUAACUAUUUAUGAAGGGUAGAAAUGGGACAUACAGCUGCAGCCAUGUCGGCUCAGUCAUUUUACCAUUGAUAUUUUCAUAGCUAAGAGAGAAAUCUAAUCUUGGUAAAAAAAAGUGAUUCAUGUGAUAGUACAAAAGACAAAGAUGUGAAGAAAUACCCCCAAAGAAAGACUGUAAAUUAUUGUCAAGGUUGGAAACAAAUCAGAUCUUAUGAAAGUUAUGGAUGUCAAACAACAUCACCCUGGCUUAAUCCCGACAUCCUUUCAAAGCACCCAAGCAUUUCAAGGAAUGAAUCAUGCCAGGUCCUCUGUACCUCACCUGGGUUGAGUGCAGCACAGUUGGUCAAGUUCUUGAAGAAAAUAAAUGUCAUGGGUGCUAAUACUGCUGAAAUCUAUGUUAAACCCAAAUUAGAUGAGCUGUUUAGGAGAUCAAUAGUGACAAAAUUAGAGGGGACAGCUCUUGCACUUGCCAUGUACUUAAUAUAACAUUAGUUUGCAGUUUACUUCUAUCGAAAUUUUCUCUUUGGAUCAGCAAUUAACAAUCAAACAAUAAAAAAAAACAUUUUAGUCAUUUCAUGCAUUAUAGGAACGCGGGAGCAAAGAUUCUAUUUUCAAUGGACACUGAUACUAAU